UUUUAAUACAAAAGGUGUCUUAGUACUCCCUAGCCGGCCAUGCCGACGACACAACGAUGUAUUAUUACUCGGUGUAUUAACGAUGUAUUAAUCGGACAAAAAUGAGCGGCAGUGUAGCCGGGCCUGGAGUGCAGGGUUGCGCGGCCGGGCGUCCGCAUAGCACCAGCCUCUGCUGUGGGGGAGGAGGCUGCGGUGAGCUCGUGAAUGGUGACGGUAGUUCGGCCGCUGCGGCCACCGCCACUAGCGCUACUCCAGCGCAGUGCUCGGAUAGAGAGAGCAGCGUUGCCGAGGCCCAGGCAUUCAGCGAAUGGGACAACGCCACCUGCAUCGAUGCGGAUCCGGCACGGAAAAAGAACAAGGACGGAUACUUCUUGAACGGUACUGCGGAUAUCACACGGGAAGGAGACGAAUGCGCAAAUUCAAGGAAAUAUGGACUUGGGCGCUUUUGUGCCGCUGGUAGACAAAGCGGUUUACUAGGAGAGGAUAACGGCAUUAAUAUUGAUUACGAAGCCAGCAGCUUUCAGCGCGGGGGCGAGCGUUUGUGUUUUAUGGGAGCUCCGACGCGGAGGGGCGAACGCAGAGUGAGGGCAAGACUGCCAUCGACAGGACCCGCGAGAAAUCGUAGAGGACAGACCGCUCGGCCCGAGACCGAGGAGGCGACGAUGACAGCCGCCGCAAGGUGUGGUUAUCGAAAGUCAGAACCCGUGGUUACCAAACGUCGGGGAUGCAGUUUCACCCACGCCUCAAAGCGGGUGUGUUUCUCUGGGAGAAGGAGUAUAGCGUACUGCGACAGCUCGGACGCUGAGGACGGCAUCGGCUCCAAUGGAGAGGCUCCGGUCAAGAACACUGCUGGAGGAAAUAGCGCGCGUAGCCAAACCCGCGCCGAGACGUUCAAAGAGGGAUACGAGGUCGAUUCGCCAAACAGCCAGCACAGGUCCUCGCGGCGCCCCUGUUAUGAAAGCGGGAUUGGAGCUGAAUUGUUGAGUUUCACGGCGUGCCCUCCCGAAAUGACAGUCGCCAGCCGUGGUGUCAGCAGCAUAAACAGCCGCGAACAAAGCACGUGUAGGACUUCCAAAGGGCGAGUUAGGCUGUAUCGAGUGCGCUCGUUUUUCGUCGGUUCCGCCGAUCAUCACAACGGGGUCAGCGAAAAUGGUGCUCCCGUUUACCGGCGACCAGGGCCAGGGAGAGACGAUGAGUGCCGUGAGCACGAGCAGCAGCGUAGAUGCGUAAGAAAAGCCCAGUGCGUUCUCGUGCACUCUUCUCACAACGACACCCAUCAGUCCCUGAAAGGACUGAAAGGAGCAGAAUCCAGGACAGUGAGCCCCAGUUCGCAUGUUAAAUACUUCACAGAGCACGGCGGCCCAAGCCUAGAGAUUAGAAGUGAAGCCAGUGGUUCACAGUUGGCAGUUAGCAGCGUGGAGCAGGUGGAGGCAGUGAAAGGGGAGGCCAGCCGGCGGCAGGCUGAGCUGCAAGAGCGCAUGGACCGGUUGUGGCGGAGGCUGCAGGCCGUUCAGGUAAAGCAAGUGGAGAGGCACGUCACACAGCAGCUGCGUGACUUGCAGAGGGCCCCAGGGUGGAGCUGCACCAGGGGGCACAGUGCCAUGGCUCAGAGCUCAGUAGAGCUGAGCAGGUUGGCACAAAGCUGCAGUGAUGUCCUCCACACAGCAGAGGGCGCCCUUGACUCGGACCACACAGCCAGCAGCUCUGGAGGGGGUAGCGACAGUGAAGAGGACGAGGACGAGGACGAAGCAGAGGAGAGAAGAGGGCGUCGUAUGAGCAGAGAAUGGCAGUGGAUGAAGGACAGGGCGUGGCUUGGCAGCCGGUGGGUGUGGCUACAGGCUCAAGUGUCAGAGCUGGAAUAUCGGAUUCGUGCCCUAACAGAACUCUACACACACCUCCGACAGGGCAAGGUGAGAGCCACUCACUCAGUCCCUGAAACACUCCUCAGAACAUCAAAACCUUCACUGGCAUACCAUGACUGCAGGUCAUCCUCUGUUGGUGAUUCUCUCAGGAAGAGGCAGAUGGAAGACCCCGCCCCCUCCCCACAAACCCCAUCCAGUCCCUCUUCAUCUGCUGCACGAGUUCGUCCUUUACCGCGACAAAGCCGUCACAAGCUGAUCCUCAUAGAAGGGUGUGCUGCCCUUGGGUCAAAGACGGUGACCUUGGCGUGCUCUUGUGGGCCCCAGACUGUGUGCGUGCUGUGUUCCUGUGUCCCCUCUCACUGCUCUGCUUAUAAGGAGCAGCGUGUGUGGACUAGUCCAUCUACACUGGACCCCUGCAUUCACCCGGUUCUCUCUGCCGUCUCAGAUUGUCCUCUCACAUUACACUGUGGUACACCCCCGCUGGCGGGGUCUCAGUCCCAGAAUUCCAUGCAGUGGAUGGGCCUGUCAGCUUCCUCAUGGUUGGGAAGGCGGGGCCAAGGCUACCAGAGGGCGGGACGAGUGAGGCGCAGGCUUGUAUGUUCCCGUCCACCCUCAUCACUGCCUCCACUGUUCAAUAUGACUGGUGGUCCUAACUGCAGGAGUCAGAGGGCUGUGGUCAGCCCAGGCUUCCUCUCUCAGCAAGUAACAGACUUUUCCCCUCUGCUUGCCACGCCUCCCGCAGUGGACACGCCCACACAGCCCUUGCGGAGAAGGAGGGGGGAGAGUUCAUUCGACAUUGAUAACCUGGUGAUGCCUCUCGGCUUGUCUGGCCUAAGGGCCCGAGUUCAGAGAUUACAGUACAAAGAGAUUAUCACCCCCAGCUGGAGAGAGCUGGACUCUGUUUGCGGGGACUCGGUGGAGCAGCUGGGUCAGCACGGUGGGCAAGCCCCCCACUCCCACACAUCGCACCAGUCCCCCAGUGACGUAGCAGACAAUGACGAGGUGGAGGAUGUGUCUGACACAGUGUUCCUCAAGCGGCAUGCUGUGUGUGAGAGCAGAGAGAGGAACCGCUGGGGCAGCUGGGCUCGGAGACGUCGCCGGGGCAGGUCCUCCUCCUGUCCUGGUCAGGGGAAGAGCUGUAGGGCGCUGGAGCAGGCUCCCUGUUCUCCAGACCCCAGUCUGAUGCUCUUUGCUGAGGGAGAGGCCUCACCACGAAGCCCUCUGUGCUCUGGCGCUGAUGAUCCCUUUUACCAAAUGGAGGAUGAACAGCAGUCUGUGCUGCCAUGGGAACGCAGGUCAUUCCCCCUCCUGGAGGCAGAGCUCCGGUGGCUACAAGAGGACGAGGAGGCAGAGCCCGAGGAGGACCCGUGUGCGGCCAGUGGCCGAAGCCAGAGCACGGACUCGGGCAUCUCGGUGGGCAGCCUGGAGCUCUCACCAAGGACCCCUCAGCCACAGCAACAGAAACCGCACUCCUCAGACAUGGAGGAGCCCGCCAGUUCACAGCUCAUUCGCAAACCAGCCGCCCCAGCGCCCGCCUCAACAACUCAGGACUCUGCCACCCUCCGACCCCACUUAUCCUCUCCACCCUCCUGCUCUGCCCACGCCACCCCGUACAGACACCAGGUCAGCAAGGCCGACGCCAGGCCGCUCUGAAGCAGUUCUAACCUCUCCUCCCUUUAGUGCCCUGUACCCUUUACCAUAACAGCAGAACAUCCCUCUUAUCUAACCACAGACACUAUCCCUUCUGCUUGGAGCCUAUUACUUUUGCUAUUAUUUUUAUUUUGCCUUACUUGAACCUUCUGAAAUUUCUUGUUUCAUGUCAUUCACCAUGAUGCUCUUAAUCCUGUAAACCUCCACUAUGAAAAAGGGCAUCUCUAGCAGUAUAUCUCACCCAGAAACCCCUCUUUCAAUUUUCUCUCUCAAUCUGACUGCAUAUCAUCCUGCCAAACCUCAGCUGGUAUCUAGAACCCCUGCAGCUUCCUUCUUGCUUCUCUCUCUCUCUCUCUCUCUCUCUCUCUCUCUCUCCCACUCUCUCCCCCUUAUCUUUCUUUCUCUU